AAGAAGUCUGUGGAGUCCAAACUGUCAUCCUUUGAGAUAUUUGGCAAGGAAUUCGAGGCAGUAGCCAAGGAAUAUUCCAGACUGCAUCAGGAGAUUAACACCAAAAAUUGGUCUCUGAAGGACUUCUCUCAGAACACGGACUAACUGAGUGGGUGUCAGACAGUUCUGCCGCAGAUCUCUGACACCUUUGAUGACAAGCUAACUUAUAUUAUUGUUUGUUUUUGUAAAAAAAAAUGCAUGAUUAGCCGGUGUUGUCUUGAAUGUUGUUCAUUCUGAUAAUAAUCACCCUGAUAUGACACAACAAAUUCUAAAUUCAGACAUGAAGUUAGCUGGCCUAUUUGAAAAACCACGCCUGACACGAAUUUUCCACGGUCAGAAGGGAGAUGUUGCGCCUCUAGCGGGAAGAUAGUUUCUUGCAUCACCGACUGAUCUCAAAUUGAUGACGUGGUGCGGUUCGUCGACCGGACGAUAAGGAUGGCCGACCAGAGCAGGCAAAUCAAACUCGCCGCAGCCAAGAAAAAGCUGAAGGAGUUUCAGCAGAAGAGUUCUCCUGCCAGUGGAGGAGAAGGAGGACCAGGGGCCAAGAAGACGAGGAAGGUGAAGGGAGGGAGCCAGCCAGACACACCCUCAGCUGACCGACACUCUCCAGACAAUAUUCAGAGUAUUCUGAAAGGUCUUAGUCAGACCAAUGGAUUAACUCUGCCUGCCUAUGGCAAAAGCCAGACCCACGUCCAUGGGGAGGUGAGGGGGUCCCCAGUUACCCAGCUACUGGAGGACCCAAACGGAGAGGCCGGCCGCGGCUCUCCUGUGUCUAACCCUGCUAGCUCUGCUACUAACCCUGAGUGUGCCAGCCAAUCCCACAACACUGACCUGCAGCAGAACUGCCCCCAUGACGGUAAUGAAAACCAUGCGGAUGAGAAUAGACCCCUGUCGUCCACAGAGAGCCUGCGACAGCUCUCACAGCAGCUCAACGGUCUUCUCUCUGGGUCAUCCACCACCUAUAUAAAUGGAGACAGUGCUCCUUCGCCAGCCAAUGAAAAAGAACUGGAGAGUCGAAACCAGGAGCUGGCAGCCGCACUGGACUCCAGCAACCUAACAAACAAUCAGCUCAAUACCAAGCUAGACCGGCUGACCGAGCACUCUCAGGCGCUCACAGAUCAGCUGCAAAAGGAGCGAAGAGAGUUUGAACAGAGGUGUGUGAAGGAGCAAGGAGCAAUGCGGGAACAGCUACAGGUCCACAUUCAGACCAUCGGCAUCCUGGUGUCGGAGAAAUCAGAGCUGCAGACCGCUCUGUCGUACACACAGCAGGCUGCCCGCCAGAAAACAGGGGAGGCUGAGGAGCUGAGUAACCGUCUCCAGGCCACCAAACAGAGAGUCUCUGAGCUGGAGAGAACCCUGUCCUCGGUCUCCACACAACAGAAACAGUUUGACAAGCAUAACAAAGAGCUAGAGAAAGAGAGAGACAACCUGAGGCUAGAGGUGUACAGACUAAAUAGUGUGAGUGAGGAGGGGAGGCAGCAGAGUUCAGAGCUGUCAGAGCAGCUCAAGCUGAGGGUGAGUGAGAACAAUGCUAUGAGACUGGACCUGGAUGAACUGCGUAAGAGACUGGAGAUGACUGACGACAUGCUGCAACAGUUUUCCAGUCAGUCAGGGCCUCCCAGUGCCAACCAGCAGAUGCACUUACUACUGGAGGAGAAACUACAGAUUGAGGCACACACUGCUCAGUUAAUGGAGUCGGUGGCCCAGCUGCAGACAGAGAGAGACCGCUACGCUGAGCAGAUCCAGGAGGAGGGACAAGUAUGGAAGGACAAGACGGAGCAGCUGCUCUCUCAGGUGACACUAGUAGCAGAGGAGAGGGACAGGAGCAUCAGUCAGAUCCAGGAGCUUGAAGCCCAUAUCACAGAUCUGAAGCACACUGCAGCCCUUUUGUCUCAGGAGGGAGAGGCCCAGGCGGAGCCCCAGCCCUCAGGGCCCUCGGAGAGUGAAUUGGCCCUCCAGGAGGCCCUCGGCUGCCUGCAGCAGGAGAGAGACUCGCUCAACUCACAGUUCCAAGCCCAGCUGCGUGAUAACGAGCAGCUGAGUCGCAUGUGCUCUGAGCAGGAGUCCCGUCUCUCGGAGCUGGAGCGCCAUGCGGAGCGCGGGGCUGAGGAUGCAGAGGACCGCAGGCGCAUGCUGGAGGAUGUGCAGAGUGACAAGGCCACCAUCAGCCGCGCCCUGGCCCAGAACCGCACCCUUAAAGACCAACUGGCUGAGCUGCAGAACGGCUUCGUCAAACUGACCAAUGAGAACAUGGAGCUGACCACUGCUCUGCAGUCAGAGCAUCACGUGAAGAAGGAGCUGGGACGCAGGAUGGGACAACUACAGGAGGACCUGCACAAUGUCAAGGAGCAGUUGGAUUUGAAGUCGCAGGAGUACCAGGCACUGCUGGAGCAGCGGGACCAGGUAGUGGCCCACCUACAGCAGUACUCUGCAGGCUAUACAGCCCUGGUGUCAGAGCGGGAGCAGCUCCACAGACAGUACCUGCAGCAGAACCAGCUGAUGGACCGGCUGCAGCAUGACGAGACCCAGGGAAGGGUUCAGUUGGAGAUGAGCCACAAACAGCUGGAGCAAUACCAGGAGAGGCUGGAGCAGUUGUCCAGAGAUAACGAGCAGUUGAAGGCUGAAGUCACAGAGCUGCUCAACAGCUCAGCCCUUUCCACACUCCCCAGAAACCGGGGAGACGGAGUGGAGAGCCAAUCCCAGCAAGAGAGCCCACAGAAGUCCUCGAUCGCUAUCCCAGAAGACUUUGAGAGCCGCGAGGAGAUGGAGGAGUUUGUGCGCGGUGCGGUGGCGCGUGUGGAGGCAGAGCGAGAUGAGGUGAGGAGCAGACUGGAGGAGGAGAGGAGACUGCACUUCGCUGCCAGACACCAGGCUGCAGCACUCAGCAUGGAGCGCCACAGUCAUGACCACGACCACGGUCAGUGUCACGGUCACAGCCAUGAUGACCACAGUCACCUUGAACACACAGUCUCAGGUUCAGAGGGUGUACCAGUGGAGGUACAUGAGGCCUUGUAUGUUGCCAUGGAGAGGCUGCAGCAGCGCUUCACCUCUCUGAUGCAGGAGAAGGCUGACCUGAAGGAGAGGGUAGAGGAGCUGGAACACCGCUGUAUACAGCUGUCUGGAGAGACUGAUACUAUUGGAGAGUACAUCACCCUUUACCAGAACCAGAGAGCCAUCAUGAAGCAGAAACACACUGAGAAGGAGCAGUACAUCAGUAUGUUGGCCCAGGACAAAGAGGAGAUGAAGGCCAAACUGGCAGAGCUGCAGGACCUGGUGAUGAGGUUGGUGGGCGAGAGGAACGAGUGGUACAGCCGCUAUACUGGGGCGCUGGCUAGCGCUGCGGCUAACCCUGACCUGCUGCCAGCCGGAGAGGAGCAGAUCCAGGCUCACCACACACACAGACGCAUGGAGCUCAACGCUGUGGAUGGACAAGAGUCUGCGGAUGUAAGGUCAGCCGUGAAGCCUGACUCCACCGACCCUCCUCACGGUGGCCCGUCAGACCAGGUCCAGGGGCUCCCCUCAGACUCCCAGGCUCUGAUGAGGCCCCAAGAGGACGGCACGACCAGGCAGAUCAUGCAGCUGCUCCAGGAGAUCCAAAACCCCCAGGGGCCCCGCUCCGUGCCCUUCCUGGGGGACAACCCCUGCGUCCCGUUCUUUUACCGGCCCGACGAGCAGGACGAAGUCAAGAUCCUGGUGGUCUGAUGAUGAUGAUGAGACUGUGGAGCUACGUUGGAGGAUCUCUGAACAGACAUACCAUUCCACCACGUCACACUCUACUUAGGUCAUCUAGGAUUUACACGUACACACAGUUCUGGGUAUACUGUCUCUCACACACAUGCACACUCUCUCUACUUUCUGGGAGAGGUUGUUUCCUCUCCUUCCUUCUCACUCUUCCUUUUGAGUCCUUGGCUGGUCUCGCAUGCUGUUUUUUUCCCCGUUUUUUUUUCAUUGCACUAACAGAGUGACUAAAGGAUGUGAACUCCUUGUGUAAGUGUGUGUGGUGGCUUUCCUCUCCUUGUCCACCUCUUCAUCCUCCUCCUUCGCAACCUCCUUACUUGCAGUGUGAAUGUUUGUCUGCUCUGUCUCCUUUAAUUGGUAUUUAAUACCAUUCGAUGAUUGGGAAGUAUUCCACCGGAUGCUAUUGAGAUUCUUCCUGUGAUUCUCUUGAUGGAGAGAUGUUUAUUCCUGCACAUUGAUCCCUCUGUUCAACAAUGGAAUACAUGGAACGGUAUCAAACACAUAAAACACAUGGAAACCACAUGUUUGACUCUCAUUCCAUUGAUUCAAUUUCAGCUCUUACAAUGAGCAUGUCCUCCUAUAGCUCCUCCCACCAGUCUCCACUGGUACCUUUAUGUUAAGGCACUAACUGGAUCCCCAUUCACAAUGUGUCUGACUCUGGAGCAGAACUGGGCUAGUCUGUCUGUGUGUUUGGUAGGAGAGACAGUACUGUAUCGAGGCACAGCCCUUGGUAGCUGUUGGUAUGUUCUAUGGCAGUGGAGUGAGUGUGUUGUCUGAGUAGGACAGGAUGGCAGGUGCGGUAGAGGAGGGCAGGACGAGUUGGGUACAGUACAUGAAGGAGGUAAGAGGCCAGGCUCGAGCCUUGGCCUACCUGGGGCGGAAGUCAGUCAGGAAAGCAUUGGUAAAGACACUAGCAUUUGGAGUGAUGGGAGCAGUUUGCACUUUCACUUCUAAGUAGGAUACGCCAUAGGACGUCAGGAAAGAGAGGAACUAGCAUGUAGACACAUGGCUGCUCACCCCUACAACUACCUUGUCUAUCCAUCCUCUUUUAUGUGGAAACACUGAAAUUUGAACAUAUGUAUGUACACUAGAGCUGUAUCUUAUUUAUGCACACGAGCCAGUCAACUGAUUUGUAAUUCCUCAAGUUUUCUCUGCGGUUAUUUAUUCGAGGCCCCAUUUCAUAGCACCAGUUGAUCAUCUCGUUUAUCAAUCUUUCAAUUAUGUUGUGCUUGUUGCCCCUCAACAUAUCUCAUUUAUAAUUUAAGUCGCUCCCUUUGAGACUGGAUGAAGAUUGUGAGUCUGUUUGAUAAAUGAUUUGAAUGGUAGUUGUCUCUUCUCUCUAAAGUUACAUGGGCUUUUGCUGUAGGUUAUUGCACUAAAAUUGUACAGAGCUUCUAAUCAAACCGUGUCCCAUCUCACUUACUUUUGGAAAGUAGCUUUUCAAUGGCAGAUCCAUUCUGACAUUUGGUUUCUAUACUUGGGAGCCCUAUGAUGUCAUCAUGUGCACUUUGGCACAUCGGGGCUCAGGGUUCCACGAAUGAAGACAGUGUGUGUGUUGAAGUGACCGAAAUAUUGUGUGUGGCGCAGUGUGCACUAGGAGGAUGUGUAGGCAUGUACAAAUGAAUAGAGGGUUGUAAUGAUUCCAGUAACACACGGCAUGGGCAAGGGGGUUAAGCUCUGCUGUUUGAUUGACAGGUGCAGGAAGGUCCUCUGUUUUUACAUAACCUUACAAUGAUGACCCAAGUAAAGAUAAAAUUGCCAUAGGCACAUCUCUGCCACCCCACAGUUUUUGGGGAAAUGUGUGUACUCCCAAAAUAUUUAGGAUAUUUUUGAAUUUUUAUGCUUCCAGUGUAUCUCUGACUGCCAAUAUCCACAUUUGAUUUUUAUUCAAGAAUGGAAGUCUUUAAGCAUGUCAAAAACAGUCUGGAAAAAAGGUUUUGGUGAUGCUAUGUGAGGUGUAUUAAAUGAGAUAUAGAAAUGAGUGGUUCUGGAGAGUUUUCAUGUGUGUGUGUGUGUGUGUGUGUGUGUGUGUGUACCUAAUCUGAACCAUGUCUACCCUGAAGCAAAGCACUUUUUGUAGUAGGACUUGACAUGAUUUCUGUUGAAAGUGAUCCCAACUGAAUAUUUAAAUUCCUGGCUUUCUUAGCAUUCUCUUUUCCUUUAGAGAGAGAACUUUUGUUUUGGGAGUGGUAAAACCAAGAGAAUAUUUUAUAGUCAUUUACAACUAUUGUUUUGAAGGUGGUGACGAGAGAGUAAAAGUAACAGGUGAAAUAGUUUUUCCACGCUUUCUAAUUCAAACUGUUCUUUUGAAUGAAUGUGUGGGAUUGAGCACAUGAUGAUUAAGAGACCGAGGUGAACUCCUUCUGUUUAAAGGGACUGUAUAUACUGUAACUGUGUAACAUAUUGUAUAUUCAUUCUGCCUGGUGUGUGGGAAUAAGUGUAAUGGCUGUUUGUAGUGUUGCUAGCAGCCCAGACGGCUUGUCUGUCUGAUCCAUUGUUGGCUUCAGGACACACACGGACAGCUGAAGUGAAGGGAUGGGGGUACCGUCUGUGAUUUAAUACAAAGGUUAAAAAAAAUCUAUUUAUUUGUAAUAAGUAUCGAAACUAAUCAGUUUUAAUGCAAUGUGAAAGAACAAAAUGGCUUCCGGCAGUAUAUUUCUGAUGUGAUUUUCUCCUGAUUAAAAGUGAUUGAGCAAAGCAGA